AUGGACACGAAACCAGCCGCUCCGGAAUCAAGCAAGAAGGAGGAUAUGGAGGUCAAGUCAGAGGAUGUGAAGACGGUUCCUGCUGCGACAGCGGCAACGGAAGAUGUCCCUGAUCCGGACGAGGACGACCUGGAUGACCUGGAUGACAUGCUUGAUGAAUUUUCAACUGUGAAAAUUGACGAAAAGCCAAAGCCAUCUCAGCCUGGUAGUGCUGGCGCUUCAGCUUCAGCGUCAACGCCUAAGCCGGCUGAUGCUGCUGCUGCUGCUGCUGCUCCCAAGGAAUCCCCAGUCGCUGGAGAAGAGCCAUUUUCAGAAGAAGACUUUGCAAAGCAGCUUCAAGCAGGCAUGGCUGAUCUUCUCGGUGAGCUGGAGCAAUCACCCGAGAUGCAGCAGCAGUUUGAGGACAUGUUCAAGAAAAUGGCCGCCGCUGCAGAUGAUGCGGCCCCAGAAGGUGCGCCAGGGAGCUCCUCGUCUACCAAGGCCGGAGGUCCUGCCGCCGAUGCAUCUUUCCAGGAGACGAUUCGCCGAACAAUGGAUCGCAUGCAAGCAUCUGGGGAUCAGGCGACGGCCGCCGCAGCCACUAGUAGCGGAGACGAUUUCAUGUCGGAGCUGCUCAAGCAAAUGUCGUCCGGCGACUUCAACGGCGAGGGCAACGAAGAGGAAUUUUCCAAGAUGCUCAUGGGCAUGAUGGAGCAACUGACCAACAAGGACAUCCUGUAUGAGCCUAUGAAGGAGCUCGACGACAAGUUCCCGGAGUGGUUCGAGAAGAACCAGGCCACCACCCCGGUAGAGGACCUCAAGAGGUAUGAGGAGCAGAGGACGCUUGUUAGAGAGAUUGUGUCCAAGUUUGAGGAGAGCAGCUAUUCGGACAGCAACGCUGCGGACCGAGAAUAUAUUGUCGAUAGAAUGCAAAAGAUGCAAGCUGCUGGCUCGCCGCCAUCAGAUUUGGUGGGGGACAUGGCGUCUGCCCAGGAGGCAUUCGCCGGCGCAGAUGAUCAAUGUAAUCCGCAAUAG